CGAGGCCGCUGGCGGGGGCCGGGGCGCGGCGCGCGUGCCUGCAGCGUUGCACUUUUGACCAGUCCCCUUUGUGUGGCCGGGAGGGAUCGGCCGCGCCGCUCGCCGAGAUCUGCCUGAUCCGCCUGGUCAUAUGGGAGAGAUGCUGUACGGCUUCGUAGUGUGUCGGUUACGGCCGCAAGACCCUUCCAGUGCUUUGCAACCUGCUGGCGAUGCUUCCCCAAAUGCUGUAACGGUAACGUCACAGCGACUAUACAGGAGAGUUUUGUUGGAAGUUAGAAAGUUUUGCAGCCUCCAGAGGGCUGUAGCGGCAGUAGCAGAAGCAGCAUCCAAGGGACUCCUGGAAGGGGAAGAGAGAGCGAGCGAGCGAGCGCCUGCCCGCCUGCCCGCCGCCGCCGCCGUCCUUGCGCGAGCCGCCCGGAGCCGAGGAGGCAGCCAUGGAGCAUCAGCUGCUCUGCUGCGAGGUGGAGACCAUCCGGCGGGCCUACCUGGAUGCCAACCUCCUCAAUGACAGGGUGCUGCAGACCAUGCUCAAGGCCGAGGAGACCUGCUCGCCCUCCGUGUCCUACUUCAAGUGCGUGCAGAAAGAAAUCUUGCCAUAUAUGAGGAAAAUGGUUGCCACUUGGAUGCUGGAGGUCUGCGAGGAGCAGAAGUGCGAAGAGGAAGUAUUCCCCUUGGCUAUGAAUUAUUUGGACAGAUUUUUGUCGCUUGAACCCCUCAAGAAAAGCCGAUUGCAAUUGCUCGGAGCUACCUGCAUGUUUGUGGCUUCAAAAAUGAAGGAAACUAUUCCUCUGACCGCGGAAAAACUGUGCAUUUAUACCGAUAACUCCAUUAGACCCGACGAAUUACUGCAAAUGGAGCUGCUUCUGGUGAAUAAGCUGAAAUGGAAUCUGGCUGCAAUGACCCCCCAUGAUUUCAUUGAACAUUUCCUAACUAAAAUGCCUCUGGCAGAAGAUACCAAGCAGAUCAUCCGUAAACACGCUCAGACUUUUGUGGCUCUGUGCGCUACAGAUGUUAAAUUUAUUUCAAACCCGCCUUCCAUGAUCGCAGCUGGCAGUGUGGUAGCUGCUGUGCAAGGCCUGCAUCUGGGGGACACUAACACUUUCCUCUCCUAUCAAUGCCUCACACAUUUUCUAUCACAAGUUAUCAAAUGUGACCCGGAUUGUUUACGAGCCUGCCAAGAACAGAUUGAAUCCCUCCUUGAAUCCAGUCUACGCCAGGCACAGCAACACAAUGUAUCUUCAGAAACAAAGACUGUAGAGGAUGAAGCAGACCUUUCCUGCACACCUACUGAUGUGCGAGAUGUGAACAUUUAAGCGGACUUCUACUAAUGGGUUUGCUUGGCAAGAAAAGCAGACAAAGAAAGGGCAUCUGAGAAGGAAUCAGCAUCAGGAUCUCCCCCCCAGAAACCCUUUUCUCCGGGACAUUUUUAUACCAGAAGGGAAAACCAGUCUUGUUUUUUUUUCCUUGCUCUGUCUCCCUUCCAUCUGUGACUUCAAACAAACAAAUAAACAAAAAAUACCCCAAAAACUGUCUUAAAAAAAGAAAAAAAUAGUAUUUGCAUUACCCCCAGGGGUUUGUGCUACAAAAAUAGAAGAUUUUAUACAAUAAUAAUCAACUAGUUUUUAUAUUAAAGUGUUCUUGUCUGUAUGUUGUAAAAAUAGGCAUUAACACACAAAAUGUCUCCAGGGGAGGUAUUAGAUUUGAUUUCUUACCUAUAAAAACAAACCAACCAACCAUUUUUAAAGUAGAAGAGGGUUAUCUUUUUUUUUUUUGAUAGUAAAUGAAAUACUCUUUUUUCUUUAAAAAGCAUAGCUUUAACGCAGUUCUAGGCUUUUCUGUAUCUUGCUUGCUUAUGCAUUUAGUCACUUUAUAAUUCAUCUGUAAAUGUUUAUUUUAUUUCCUUAGUUUUUUUUUAUCCUCUUCACCUUAUAAAUGGUUAACGUAACCCAUAAGUUAGUAUAUGUUAGUAUACAGCAUUAUUAUAUGUUAAUUUUUUUUUUUUUGUGCCUGUGGAUUGCCUGUACAUAAGGCAUUUGUAGGGUUCCAGCUUAGCAUUGUUGGGAAAGGCCAAUGUACUACUCAUACGAUACUCUAUUAUGAAGAGAACCUGAAAUAGUGACAUAAUAUAUUAUAUUUUUGUAAUCUUCAUAUUUUUGUAGUUACCUGUGUAUAAAUGCUGGUCUGACCCCACAGAUAUUCAGCCUAAUUAUGGUCAGGUUCAAUCCACAGUUUAGUCUUUUUUUUUUUUUUUUUAAUAAUAUUCUAAAACCAUUCCAUUCAAAGCACUUUCAGUCCAUUAGAUAUAUAGGAAAUACAUUCUUUUAUUGUGUGGGAAUUUUUUUUUAAUGGAAUGGUUUGGAAAUAUAUAAGUGCUUGUUCGCAAACUUGGAAUUGCAAAGCAAGUGCAUUUAACUAUGGUGUUAGAGGAAAGGUGUUUUUUUUUCUGAAGGUUGUGUUCCAGCGAGAGAAAUUGCAUUCACAAAUUGCCAGGCUAUCUUCCUAUCCUUUUCUAUAGAAAAGUUGAAGUUUAGAAAUCCUUUGGUGCCGACUCAUCUUUGUAAAUUAGGGGCCUUAAAGGUUCACAUAUAGGACACAUAGUUUAAGGAUUGUCUCUAGAUGUUUUACAACUGAAGGUUUUUAAACACUAAAAUAUAUAAUUUAUAGUUAAGGCUAAAAAAAGAAAGAAUAUUUAUUGCAGAGGAUGUUCAUAAGGCCAGUAUGAUUUGUAAAAUAAUGCAAUCGCCCCUUUCUUAAAAAAAAAAAAAGGCAUAAUCUUUCUACCCUUGAUGUUGCAGUUUUAACAGCUUAUUAAAGAGGGGAAAAAAAAAAAAAAAAAAAAAAGGAUACUCUUCAAGGAACAAACCCAAAACAAAACAGUAUAUUUGGCCCCUUCUUAUACAUUUUCAAAAGCAGUCUAACCAUGAGAAAAACGCCAUAGUUAAUAAACAUGAGAAUUGGAGUACUUGAAAGAAGUUCUUAUUCCAGUAUAUGCCCCCCCCUUUUUUUUUUUUAAUUUAGCGACAAUAGAAAAUUUGCACAUCUUGGCUAUGUAUCUUAUUAUUAUUUUAGAAAGUAGCUGAAGGGACGUGGACAUAGCUGUUGAAGUUGACGCUCGAGGAGAAUGUGAUGGUGAAACGUAUGUGAGAAAACUGCCGCUAAGGUGUUGAUUGUUUAAAAAAAAAAAAAAGAAAAAGAGAGAAAAAAGAGAAAAAAGAAAAAAAUUAAAAAUUAAAAAAAAGAAAAAAGAGAAAAGAAAAGGAGUGGAUGCUCCGUUUUUAUUGAGCUGCUAUGGAUAAAUUCCCAGCAUGGUUUGAAAAAAAAAAAAUUAACAUUGCUUUUCUGUAUCUUUGUCAUUGUGUUUUGCUGCUAUUUUGUGGAUCAUUUUUUUUUUGUUAUACAAUGUCAUAUACUGCCAUGUUAUAGGUUUUAAUUUUCUCAUAGAAAAUUAUAUUAUUGACAUCAUUUUUUUGUAGAUUUUUUAUGUGAUCAAUUUUUACUUAAUGUGAUUACUGCUCUAUUCCAAAAAGGUUCCUGUUUCACAAUACCUCAUACUUCAGUUAACCGUGUUUAGGCCAGGUUUUAAUGUUCGUACACAGUGCCUCAUAGUUCUACUGCAAACUGAAAUGCAUCGAACGUUAUUCUGAAUGGGUCUCGCGAUUUGCAACUAGGUUGCAUUAAUUUAAAAACAGCAGACAUUUCAGAAAAUCAAGUAAUGUCAGUUUUUUUGUUGUUAUGCAUUUUAUAAAGCUGGAUUCUUUGUCUGAUCUGGGGUUUAUUAUCAUAGUAGUUUUAAGCUGUGUUAUUAGCCACAUUGAUAUAUGAAAGGUGCAUUAUAAUAUAACUCUUGUAUGCCAGCUGAUGUGGUUUCCCAUCAGUUGGGACACAUCAUUUGGUAUGAUAGGUUAUCUUCUGGAACUCUAAGUAUUUUGUGUGUUUAAUCUGUUAUGAUAUACUAGUUUUUUGGGUUUUUUUUUUUUGUUAAUUAUAGCAUAAUGCUAAUUUAAAAAGCCUGUAAAUCUCAUAAAUAAGCCAGCUAACAGAGUUGUAUGCUGAAAAAUAAUCUAGCUGUUGCCUGUAUGCUGCUAAACCAAAACAGAAUUAGAACUCAAUUUUGAGGGCAAAUGCAGUGAAGAUCCUACAUAGUGCAUAAAUAAAGCAUUGCAAUGCUACUAGCAGUCGCAGGACCCAGGAGGACUGGAUACAUUCUGUCCAAAUUUCAGGAACAUUUCUUACUGCUUACCUCAUAAACACUUCUGUUGGUGGCAUCUCUGUGUCUCUGAACCAAACAUGAUUAUUGAGUUAGUGGUUACUGGUUAUAUUAUGUGUUACACUGAGUGGCAGUGCGUACUGCAAAUUUCUUUAAAUAUUGUAUGUACUAAAAGGCCAAAUCCUGAUCAGUGGGUUCAUGUGCCAACAGAGAUGCUUUAUUUCUCACAUUAUUAUAACAAUCUGUAGUAAGCAAGCAAUUCAGAUUUGUACAUUUUUAUAUUGUACUUAUUGGCAUCACUGGUCUGAAAUGCACAUUUUCACCCACAGACCUGUAACAGACAAGUUUCCAGCAAAAAAAAAAAAAAAAAAAACUAAAGUCUAGAAAUAAAAUUGGUAAAACCCA